AGCCGCGUGUAUAUAUAGUUGUUACCCGUAUGUUAUACCUAUUUGUAAUAAAUAACCAAUAAUACUUUACCAGGGUGUUCCUGUUAUUUAAAGACCAAGAGUCACCUCAUUUCUUUCUCAACACCUAGUCUACAGUGUAAUUUGGCGCAAGCGGUAGGAUACAGAAUAUCAUGACCCGUAAGCAGGUGUAACUAUAAUGUCCAAACCACAAAUGUCGACGACAUCCACCGGGCCCAGCAGUGAUGGCGACUUCCACCAGACGUCAGGAGACAGAGGGACCAUCGUUCAGCUUAUCCUGGCGAGCCUCUUCUAUGUGCGCCGACUAGCCGAUAUGCUGAUGACCACUUGGCAACGAUGGGGCCAACCUCCCUCCAAGAUUGAUAAAGGUACGGAUAUGGAAGAUGCUCUAGUACAGUGGGCGAAGACGGGGGACCUGAUCGAGUAUCUGAACCACCCAAUGGUGCAGUUUGCCAUAUACCUAGAGCUAGUGGAACCCACCGACCAAUUUUCGGAGCUCCAACCACGGCGAAGACGAUAUUUGCGACGAAUGGUACGGCCGUCCUUAAGGACCAUCUUUCGGCUCAUCCUGGGCCAAGCCUCGGCGAGCCUCCUCUAUGUGUGCCAACUCGCCGAUAUGCUGAUGACCACUUGGCGACGACGAUCCCCCAAGAUUGAUAAAGGUACGAAUACGGAAGAUGAUCUAGUACGGUGUACGAAGACGGAGAGCCCGUCCGAGCUUCUGAACCACCCAGUGCUGUGGUUUGCCAUGUACCUAGGGCUAGUGAAACCCCUCCCAAGAUAUUCGGAGUUUCAUCCACGGCGGAGGCGACGUUUGCGACUAACGGUACAUCCGCCCUUAAGGGCCCUCGGGUGAGGACUUGGUGAGGUAAACUGAUGGUCGGUGGUGGGGGCCCGGACGUCGACAACGACACCCGACCGGGUCGCUGCAGGCUGAUCCGACUGUCUUUUCACGUACGUGGUACUAGCCGCACGUAUAUAGUUGUAACCCGUAUAUAAUACCUAAUUGUAAUAAACUAUCAAUAAUACUAUA